UACACAGCCAGUUCCGCACGGUUUAAGGAUAAUCAGUGUGUCAGUUUGGGCUUUCUUAUGUAAAGCAGCUGUCUUUGAAGGCGGACCUUUUGGCAGGUUAGUUCAGGACGGUAGCGGAGGAGCUCAGACACAGACAGCGAACGAGGCAGAGAACAACUCUUGGCGGAGAAGCGGAGUGUCUGGAGACGAGCUGAAGUGAAUAUUCACACGCUUACCGAGCGGAUUCAUUUUCAGAUGACUGCGAUAAAACGACGCCGUGACUUCAGUUUGGUCAGUUUGGAUACACUUUGCGGAGGAUGAAUGUGGAAUGUAACGCGAGAGCAAGUUGAAAAAUAUUACUUUUGAACUGAACUGAUUGUUUGGAAUCUGAGUUACUGACUCUGUUUGAUUGAUUCACAAAGGAAAACAAGUUUUCUUUUCUACUAAUUCAUCCUCACCUCUCUUUGGGAUACAAUAACUUUUUUAGUCAACCAGCUAAAAUUAUAAAGAGCGACAAUGAGGCAACUUUUCAAGUAAAAAUACAGAGCUUUUUUUGAAAGACAAUCAUUGCUACAUGAAUUCAUAUUGAAAGACAAUGUUUGCUGCCGCUUUUGGACUCAGCCUUGUGCUGCUGUGCAUGGCCGGGUUUUCUUCCGCUAUCAGUUCCAUCGACCCGGACCGGCCAGGUGAAGGAAGAUGCCAGGAGAUCGCCAUUCCACUCUGUAAGGACAUUGGCUACAACUUGACAGUUAUGCCGAACUUAAUGGGACAUGAAGAUCAAAGUGAGGCGGCCAUAAAGCUGCAUGAGUUUGCUCCGCUGAUUGAGUUCGGCUGCCACAGUCAUCUGAAGUUUUUCUUGUGCUCGCUCUAUGCUCCCAUGUGCACGGAGCAGGUAUCCACACCCAUCCCAGCGUGCCGAGUAAUGUGUGAGCAGGCAAGGCAGAAGUGUUCUCCCAUCAUGGAGCAGUUUAACUUCCACUGGCCUGUGUCACUGGACUGUUCCAGACUGCCAAAUAAAAAUGACCCCAAUUACCUCUGUAUGGAGGCACCCAACAACGGCACAGACGAGCCCCCGAAAGGCUCCCACACUCAGCCGCCAGACUCCCGACCCCUUCGGCCAGGUAACAGCCAAGAACUGCCGAUAAAGGAGAGGGUCGGUAAGACGACAUGCAGCAACCCUGGAAAGUUUCAUUACGUUCAGAAGAGCGAGUCAUGUGCCCCCAAGUGUUACUCAAACGUUGACGUGUACUGGAGCCAGGGCGACAAGCGCUUCUCCAUGGUGUGGAUUGCCAUCUGGUCCAUCCUGUGCUUCAUCUCCAGUGCCUUUACCGUCCUCACCUUCCUCAUCGAUCCACAGCGUUUCAAGUACCCUGAGCGGCCGAUCAUCUUCUUGUCCAUGUCUUACUGCGUUUACUCGGUGGGCUUUCUUAUAAGACUAUUUGUGGGGGUGGAAAACGUGGCCUGUGACCAUGACAGUGGCAUUCAGUACAUCAUCCAGGAAGGCUUGGAAAGCACUGGCUGCACUAUAGUCUUCCUCAUUCUUUACUACUUCGGAAUGGCCAGUUCCCUGUGGUGGGUCAUUCUUACUCUCACGUGGUUCCUCGCAGCUGGAAAAAAAUGGGGUCAUGAGGCCAUUGAAGCAAACAGCAGCUACUUUCAUCUAACGGCAUGGGCCAUACCAGCAAUUAAGACCAUCAUGAUCCUGGUUAUGAGGAAGGUAGCGGGUGACGAGCUCACAGGGGUCUGUUAUGUGGGCAGCAUGGAUGUCAAAGCCUUGACGGGUUUUGUUCUUAUUCCCCUCUCUUGCUACCUCAUUAUUGGCACUUCCUUUCUGCUGUCAGGGUUUGUGGCACUCUUUCACAUCCGUAAGGUCAUGAAGACCGAAGGAGAGAAUACGGAUAAGCUGGAGAAGCUGAUGGUUAGGAUCGGCGUCUUUUCUGUGCUUUACACGGUCCCUGCCACUUGCGUCAUCGCCUGCUAUUUUUACGAGCGUCUCAACAUGGAUUAUUGGAAGAUUCUAGCAGGAGAGCAGAAGUGCACUGAGGACAGUAAGAGUGGCGAGGAGUGUGUGAUGAAGAGCUCCAUCCCAGCUGUGGAGAUCUUCAUGGUUAAGAUUUUUAUGUUGCUGGUGGUGGGCAUCACCAGCGGCAUGUGGAUCUGGACCUCCAAAACGCUGCAAUCAUGGCAGAAUGUUUUCAGCCGCAAACUUAAAAAGAAGACGAGGAGGAAGGCAGCAUGUGUUUUCACAGGAAGUGGACCUUACCUCAAGCCUCAUUCUGCACUGAAAGGACAUAAAACCAAGUACGAACCGGCAGGUCCUCCUGCGACCUGUGUAUGAGCUGGGCCUCUAUACACAAACAAAUGGCCAAGAAAUUAAGUAAAUGCUGGACUUAAAUGAACUGCUUUCUAAAGAGACAAGCCAGCAAAGGAGACAACAAUGCUCGUAUUUAUUUUAUGCAAACUUCAGAUGCAACGUCCCCAACAGGUUUUUUUAGUUCUUGAUGCUUGUACUACAUCUGAAACUUUGCAUAGUUUGGGAACAGUUUUGUGAAACAAAUAAAAAGUGAGCAAAUCCAUAUUGCUGUCAUUUGGAUGCCUGUAUCAUGUCAUGUGCAAUAGUUGUUUCCCUUAGUGACAGAGAGAAAGGGACUCUGAUACUGUAGGGCUGUGAUUAAAGACAAUGAAAGGACUCGACAAAUAAUGGGUGUGAAUGGCUCGGGGAAAAGCGGCUCCUCCGUGGCGUAGUCGUGUGGCUUUUCUAUGGAAAUGAAGGCCGUGUCAACUGCACAACUGCACUGACAUUGGAGUGCAGCUGCUCAAUAAGGCCUCGGCAGAGAAUGAACUGCCUAUUUUUAGGCCUUUUCAUGGAACAAAGUAAAUCUUUAAGCACUAAAUAUUGCCAACACAAAGAGAGAAACUUGUUAUUUGAGUUGUUUUGUACAGUCAGUUCAUGCCCUCUGGUUUGUUUUGUUAAACCAAGCUCUUUUUAAUGUCCUACAUACAUU